AUGAGCCUCCGCCCGCCUCUCCGGGGAGGCAAAUUCGCCACCAUUAUCAGCGCCUACGCUCCGACGAUGACCAACCCCGACGCCGUCAGAGACAAAUUAUACGAGGACAUGUACGCCCUCUUGGCGACUGUGUCGAAGGCGGACAAGUUGAUUGUCCUUGGCGACUUUAACGCCCGCGUCGGCACAGACCAUACUGCCUGGAGAGGAGUGCUGGGUCCCCACGGUCUCCGCGGCUCAAACGACAAUGGUCUGCUGCUUCUCCGCACCUGCGCAGAACACCGCCUCAUGCUGACGAACACGUUCUUCUGUCUGCCGGAGCGAGAGAAGGCCACCUGGAGGCAUCCUCGGUCGCGUCAGUGGCACCUGCUGGACUAUGUCCUCGUCCGAAGGCGAGAUCAGCGGGACGUGCUGGUGACGAAGGCGAUCGCGGGUGCUGACGGGUGGACCGACCAUCGCCUCGUCAUCUCGAAGAUGCGUAUUCGCCUACAGCCUCGCAGGAGACCACAAGGUAAGCGACCCCCAGGUAAGCUGAAUGUUGCUUUGUUGUCUUUGCCUGCUCACCGUCUCCAUUUCAGCAAUGAGCUAGCUCAACGGCUAGACAAUUAUCCUAUCGCUGCCGCCGCCGACGACGCCGCCGCCGCCGCUGCCGAGAACGCCUCCGUGGAGAACCGCUGGUGUCAACUGCGAGACACGGUCCAGUCGACAGCGCUCGCCGUCCUCGGUCGCGCUCCCCGCCAACACCAGGACUGGUUCGACGACAACGACGCCGCC